UUUUCGAUGAGCCCACAAGCCGAGACAUUGUUUGCCGGACUUUGAUCCUGUAUGGAGAUUGUAAGAGCAACUUCACUUCCUUUGCUAUGCUGAUGCCAUUGAUGGUUUCACAAGGUCACUCGGUCUGAUGCGUUUUGAUCAACUGUGCCGUACUUAAGAUGUACCAGAAACAGAGGCGUUCACCUAUUCAGAGCAAAAAGAAAAACGAGCGGUCUUCCUCUUGGAAGUGUCGGUUUACGAGCUUGAAUCUCUUCUCCUGCAAAAUGAGAGAGCUUUGUGUUUGACGUAUGGAUUCCCUACAUGCAGUAAUUUCAAUAGGAUUUGUGGGCAUUUUUGUGCUUUAUGGGAAAUAAUACAACAGUGUUUAAAUUACUGACUGGUGGAAACAGGUGUGUUCCUUUCAAGUAUAGAAGUGCUGUUGAAAAUGGGAAUGGCUUGUGUCACGGAGAUGUUGAGGUACUGAUGAUCAAUUCUACCAGCGGACCUGGUCUUCUGUUUCCAAAGGGUGGCUGGGAAGAUGAUGAAACUGUUGAGCAGGCUGCCUCACGUGAAGCUCUUGAGGAGGCCGGGGUUCGGGGAGAUUUAGUGCAUUUUAUCGGCUUCUACGAAUUCAAGAGCAAGACGCUCCAGGACGAGCUUAGUCCUGAAGGUUGGUGCAGAGCUGCUGUGUUCGCAUUGCUAGUGAAGGAGGAACUCGAGUCUUGGCCUGAGCAGAGCACUCGCCAGAGAAGCUGGUUAACUGUUGCUGAAGCCAUGGAGUGCUGUAGGUACCCAUGGAUGCGAGAGGCCUUGGGAGAAGGUUUUUCCCGGUGGCAUGCAGAUCGGGAUGUAAGAAAAUAGACCCGGCAGAACCGUCUGAGCUCACGACUCAUCAUCAAGACUAACAUCGACAGGUUUCUGGACGCUAUUCAGGGAAGACAACGGCACACUUUCAUCUCUGAAAUUAACCCUUCUUUAAUCUAAUGGAGGUUAGGAUAGGAGUCGGAAACUUUUGCCCAGUCUAGUUUUUUACCUUUUUGCUCUCGUAGAGUUCUUUUAGCCGAUUUUCUCGUUAGCCUUUUUUGAUGUCAUUUGCUGAUUCUGUAAUUAGAUAACACACUGUUUUUGACCAUUCUGCUGUUAGUUUUGCAAGAAUGUAAGAGACAGAAAGGAAAGAAAGGUACAUAACUUUCUAGUC